CCCUUCAUCCUUCCCCCCAUUCCGCCACCCUCCCUGCUCCCUGGCGGUAGCAAGCAGCAGAGAAGACGAGGUAUUUUUGAAGCCGUGGCAUUAAUGAUCUCAUCUCAGCAUCCUACAGAGGAUCUUAUGACCAACACCGAAAUAAAGUAAAAUAAACGAAGGAGCCUUGCUUCAGACUGGCCUAAAAUGGGCAGAAAGGGUGCAGAACAAAAGCUGCUUGUUGCUUGUACAAAAGUACUGAAGCGCUGCAGCCGGGACCAAGCUGCUAUGCUAAUGCCUGUGCCUCUCAACAGGAAAGAGAGCCAAAAUGUUCCCGAAGGGCACGAAGCGCAAGUUUUCGGACUCCGGGGAUGAACCUGCGGCGGGCGGUGAGGAUGUAAACCAACCGAGUUCGGUGGCCGUAAGGAUGCUGUCAUCCUACAGCCUGCAGCGGCAGUCCCUGCUGGACAUGUCCCUAAUCAAGCUGCAGCUGUGCCACAUGCUGGUGGAGCCCAACCUGUGCCGUUCAGUGCUGAUUGCCAACACGGUGAGGCAGAUCCAGGAGGAGAUGACCCAGGACGGCACCUGGCAGAUCAUGACCCAGGCCCUGAGUGCUGCCAACGCUGCUGCCCAGUGCUCUGCAGACCGCCUGGUGGCCACCGAGGUGCUGUGUCGGCAGACAGAGGCAACCCAGGGGGAGCAGGUACUCAAGCCCUUCCCAGCGGUGGGGUCAGAGGGUUGCCCUGCAGAGGAGGAGGAGGAGGUGGUGGUGGAGGAGGAAGGCGAGGGGGGGGUGACCAUGUCCACGGUUUCCCCCCAAGCCCCAACCUCCUACCUGCCAGGCACCUUUGGCAUGGACCCCUGCUGGGAAGAGGAGAAUGGUGAAGAUGAGGAGGAAGAUGAGGACAGUGAGGAGUGUGGGUCUGGUUCGGAGGAGGGAGACAGUGACAGGCUUGUGGAUGACUCCAGGACAGCAGAGCAGGUCUUUGGCACGUUCGAGAUCAAAAACCCUGCGCCCAGCCCUGACCCUGCCCUGGAGGAACUGUUUUCAGAUGUGGAUGCGUCCUAUUACGACCUUGACACGGUGCUGACAGGCAUGCAGAGUGCGCCUAAGAUGGGGCCCUACGACCUCCUGGAGAGCCUGUCCUCCCAUGGGCCCUCAACCCUCAGCUCCAGCACCAGCUGCCGAUCAGACCUCAAUGAACUGGACCAUAUCAUGGAGAUCAUAGUGGGCUCCUGAGAAACAACACAUUCCCAUUCAUACAGACUUGGUAGACUCUUUACAGACAAUGCACAUGGUGCGUACAUGGAUAUGGUGUUAUUAUUAUACAUUCAGACGUUGAGGGUUUAUGAAAUCAAUAACUUAUUCAGUGUUACCACAUGCAGGUGUGCAUCUGUUAGUGGGCAGAGAUUACAGCAUAUACCAUUAUGAUUUUUCUUAUUUACAUACUUUUCUAUGUUUCCUUUUAUCAUACAAUCUAUUUUUCCAGUUUUGUUUUAAUUUAUUGUUAUGUAUGGACUGAAGAACAAUGUCAUUACACUACACCAGAAUAGAGACCGGAACAUCCAAACCUUUGAAGCAAUGUAUAUUUUCCUAAAGACUAAAACAAAUAUUAGUGAAAUAGAUGUAUAUUGUACGUAUAUAUGUAUAUUGAAAUAUAUUUUUUGCAACAUACAGUUUGGGAAAUGUAUCAGUAUGACUACAUCUAAUCCCCCCCUCCUAUUUUUAAUCUGACAGGGAUUUUGAAAUGUUAAUGUAGCCCGAUUCGACCUGUCUUCCUAUGGUUUGGUAUCAAGUAAUUAAGUCUCAAGACAGGGACUGUCCUGCUUUUUCAGGCCACCCCCCCCC